UUUCCGUGACUCAAAAUUCCAGUUGAGGCGCGCGCGCUCCCGCGGCCCCGAGUCAGAUACUGAACGAUGGCUGAGGGAGGAGGACCCGAAUCGGGUAGCGGGACUGAACCCGAUCCGGAGCCGGUACCUGCUCAGAUACCCUUACCUUCACCCGACAGCCAGAAGCAAAGCCUAGGAGCUCUGCUCAAAACCCCUCUCCGCAAGGGGGACGAAUGGUUUUUGAUUGACAGCCGCUGGUUUAAGCAAUGGAAAAAAUAUGUAGGAUUCGACAGCUGGGAUAUGUACAAUGUUGGGGAGUUCAGCCUAUACCCAGGGCCCAUCGACAACUCGGGGCUCUUUUCAGACCACGAGACUCAGACCCUAAAGGAGCAUUUGAUAGAUGAGCUGGACUAUGUUCUGGUGCCCACUGAGGCCUGGAACAAGCUUCUUAGCUGGUAUGGCUGUGUGGAAGGGCAGCAACCCAUUAUCAGAAAGGUGGUUGAGCAUGGCAUGUUUGUGAAGCACUGUAAAGUGGAGGUUUACCUUCUAGAGCUCAAGCUCUGUGAGAACAGUGACAUGGAUAAUGUCAUAACGCGGCAUUUCAGCAAGGCGGAUACCAUAGAGACAAUUGAAAAAGAAAUGAGGGUGUUGUUUAAGAUCCCGCCAGAGAAAGAGACGCGUCUGUGGAAUAAAUACAUGAGUAACACCUAUGAACAGCUGAAUAAACCAGAGAGCACCGUGCAGGACGCUGGACUCUACCAGGGACAGGUUCUUGUGAUUGAACAGAAGAAUGAAGAUGGUACGUGGCCUAGGCAAAGCAGUCACCCAAAGUCCAGCACGGCCACUUCUAGAAAUUUCACUACCUCCCCAAAGCUUUCCUCUAACUCCUCAGCCACCAUUUCUUCUAGUGUAGCCAAUGGGGAUAGCAACAACUCUGGCUACUCGCUGAACAACAGUCCCAGUUCUGGUAACCGGCUGGGUGGCUACAGCUCCUAUAGCUCAUCUUACAGCUAUAGAGAAUCGCAGACACAGCCUGGUCUCUGUGGCUUAAGCAACUUGGGCAAUACCUGCUUCAUGAACUCAGCCCUGCAGUGCCUGAGUAACGCCGCCCCUCUGACAGAGUACUUCCUGAAAGAUGAAUAUGAGGCCGAGAUAAACCGCGAGAACCCUCUUGGGAUGCGAGGAGAGAUUGCAGAAGCCUACGCUGAUCUGGUCAAGCAGAUGUGGCAGGGACGCAACAGCUACGUGGCUCCACGAACGUUCAAGACCCAGGUAGGCCGCUUCGCCCCGCAGUUCUCAGGGUACCAGCAGCAGGACUCGCAGGAGCUUCUGGCCUUCCUGCUGGACGGGCUCCACGAGGACCUCAACCGUGUCAAGAAGAAGCCUUACCUGGUGCUGAGAGAUGCGGAGGGCAGGCAAGACGAGAUUGUAGCGAAGGAAGCCUGGACAAACCAUCGUCUCCGAAAUGACUCCAUCAUUGUAGACAUCUUCCACGGCCUAUUCAAAUCCACCUUGGUGUGCCCAGAGUGCUCGAAGGUCUCGGUCACCUUUGACCCCUUUUGCUACCUCACCCUGCCCUUGCCAAUGAAAAAGGACCGGACCAUGGAGGUGUUUCUGGUCCGCACAGACCCCCAGUCCCGCCCUAUGCAGUACAGGGUAGUGGUCCCCAAGCUGGGUACUGUGGCAGAUCUGUGCAGCUCAUUGUCUAAGCUCUCCGGUGUCACAGCAGAGAAUAUGCUGGUGGCAGACGUGUACAAUCAUCGGUUUCAUAAGAUCUACCGGCGGGACGAUGGACUCAAUCACAUCAUGGACAAGGACGACAUCUUUGUGUAUGAGGUGGAAGAGGAAGAUGGGGAGCGAAUCAGCCUGCCCAUUUACUUCAGGGAGCGGCACGUUAAGCAUGCGGGUACUUCCACAAGUACGGUACUGUUUGGACAGCCUCUGAUUAUCACUGUUCCCCGGCAAAACCUGGCCGUCGACUUCCUGUACGAAAAAGUGUUGGAGCGCAUUGGGCGAUAUGUGAAGAGGCCGCAGGGUGCAGGAUGUGAGGGGAAAGUAUCGGCUACCUGUAGUAGCAGUUCCAGCUGCAGCAGCAGUCAAGCUGCCGAGAUGGCAGGGGGUCGCAGUCUCAACACUGAGAUGGGCGCAAGUGUGUGCCAGUCCUUGGAGGAGGCAUCCUGCAGUGCAGGUACAGCGGGCAUGGUCACGAGCAACUGCCAGAAUGCCAAACACCAGCCAGGGACCUGCAAUAGCAAUAACUCAAAUGGGGUUUGUGAAGGGGAGGAUGAAGCAAUGGAUCACCAGGAGGAGAUCAGCCUGGAACCAGACAACAGUCAGUCAGAGGGCUCAGUGGGAGACGAGGACAGCGAAGACCUAGAGAAUGGGCCAGUCGAUAAUGCACCAAAAUCCUCUGUCAAGUCAACGACCUGUCAGCCAAAGCUUUUCUCUUUCACAAUGGUGAAUUCAUAUGGAACAGCUGACAUCAGUCCUGUUACCAAUGAGAGCAACAUCCUCAAACUUAAGGCAUUUUCCACGGUAGCAAUUGACUGGAAUUCUGAAAUGAAGAAGCUCUACUAUGAUGACCAGGAAGCAGAGGCUUAUGAAAAACAUGAGAGCAUGCUGCAGCACCAGAGGAAAAAAGCUACAGUGGCCCUGCGAGACUGUAUUGAGCUGUUCACCACCAUGGAGACACUAGGAGAACACGAUCCCUGGUAUUGCCCCACCUGCAAGAAACAUCAGCAGGCCACAAAAAAGUUUGACUUGUGGUCAUUACCACGUAUCCUGGUAGUCCAUUUAAAACGUUUCUCUUAUAACCGUUGCUGGAGAGAUAAGCUGGAUACAGUGGUAGACUUCCCAAUCAGCGAUCUGAACAUGUCAGAGUUCGUCUGCGACCCGAAGGCUGGGCCCUAUAUCUAUGACCUCAUUGCUGUGUCCAACCACUAUGGUGGAAUGGGUGGAGGGCACUACACAGCUUAUGCCAAGAACAAAGUGGAUGGGCAGUGGUAUUACUUUGAUGAUAGUAGUGUCUCAUCUGCAACAGAAGAUCAGAUCGUGACCAAGGCAGCGUAUGUCUUGUUUUACCAGCGCAGAGACCAGGAAACACCCCUGAACUCUCCCCCUUCAGCCUCGCUUGGGGGAGCUCCAGAGGCAGGAGAUGAACACAUGGACACCAACUGAGAGGCUAGGGUUUGAGGAACAUGUACUGAUGCAAUGACAUAUAUGUCAACGCACACAAACCUAUUUCAGUCGUUUAAACCUCUGUACUGAAUCAAUGCUAUACCCAUUUGAUAUUUUGGUCUUGUUUUUUUUAGAUGAUUCAUCACUAAGCCAAAAACCUUUAAAAAUAUUUGAUGUAUAAACUGUGCAGCGCCCAAACGGGGACUGCAUCAAGUAAGUGUACACAUUUUCAGGCAGAUGGUACAAUUUAAGCAAAUGUUGGAUGACUAGGAUGAUAUUACAAAUAAUAAAAUGAAUACCUUUCAUUUACACACUAGAAAAUUAAGAGAAGCCAAAUAUGCACAUCCUUUCAACCAAAGUGGCCGAGGUUGUACACAGGCAUAUUACAGACAUGCCAACUGUAUCACAGAAACAUCCACCUUUGUGUAUAUUACUCUCUUAAAAUGGAGUUGCCCCAGUACAGAGAUUAACACACAUUGAGAACUUUUUAAUCUUGAUUGCCUGCACAGUCAUCUUUAAAAACACACAGACCCUAUGAACUGUGCCACUGCAGGAGAAUGAAAAUGUCAAGCUAAAGACACAAACCAGAAAACGGGGGAGGUUUCUGUUCUUCCUUUCAGGUUCCACCUAGCCUUCCUUUGGUUUCCCCGAAAAUUAUCAUUUCAGCUUGCGAAAGAUUUUCCUCAUCAAUGUUUUAUCCUUGGCUGUUUGUGUUUCCCCAUGCCUAAGUGUCUGCAGUGUAAGGAGCACACCACCUACAGACGCUGAAGAAAUGUACUGCUUAAGCACACUGUCCAGCUCUGUGAAAUGUCCAGUUCCAUGGGCUCCUUAAGAAGUUUUCACCCUCUGCAAAAAAAAAAAACUAAACACAAAUGUGCUGCUCCAUCAAACACGGAAGCACCAGUUUGCCUUUUAGCAGUGCGAUGCUUUCAAAAGCCGGAACAGUGUCUGAAUUUAUUUCUUCGGGAGAGCUUUGGGUUUCUUCAUUUAUCAGUUUGUGAUCGGUCGCCAGCAGGUACCGUUUUUAACUUCCUGUGGUUUCAAAUCCAGACAACUGGCCACAGGUUUGUGUAGACUCACACCUAAAUGAGGUGAAGAUUUAAAUUCUGCUCUCCGUUGUUGGCAGCAUAACCUACUUAAAAUUCAUUGCUUGGUGAUUUUUUUUUGAAGGCCAGUAAUUGCGGUCAUUUUCAUCACUUUUGGUCAUCUUUGCCGUCUGAUUGGUCUUCUGGGCAUCUGUUGUGCAGCAUUGGCUAGGAUUAUCUACCUGGGUACGUUGGCUGUUCCUCUUCAGGAUUAUAUUACAUUGGAAGAUACAGUUACAUUCUCUUUUUUUUUUCCUGGAGUCUGCAGAACAUCGUGAAAUUUGGAUUUUUUGGGAGUGGUGCUAAAUAAGGUGAACUGGGAAAAACGGCGUUAGAAAAGGCGAUUUUGGACAGCUCCUUUGCUGCAGCAAUCACUGAAGAGCAUGGGAUUGCAUGAGGAUACGUUUGCUCCCUUGCUAUGUGUUUUACACUGGUAAAAUUAUUUUCAGCUUAUUUAAAUGAGACUGUCUAACAGUUCAGGAACAGUAAAAAAUAUGCAGACUUUGUAGUUUCUUUUUAAAUUUGAAAACCACAACAAAAUGUUCUUUGGAGAUCCAUGUGGUUUGAAUAACAUCAUAGGACAUGAUGUUUGUAUUCCAUGGAAUAAUAGUUAAACUGCCAUUCUGUUCCCUAUAACGUUGGAGUGAAUGGAAGUAAACCUGCAGUAAUGGAUGUAUAUGUACAAAGUGAAAAGUUAAUUUAAUCCAUUAUAUGUGAACACAGACAACCGUUCUAUAGAAGAAAUAACUGAACUUGACAGAUUUUCUUUAAAAACAGACUGAGCUUGUCAAUCAUCCCUUAUAGACAUAAGAUUUUAUGACAUCUCUGUAUUGGCAAGAGAAAGUCAGAUUCUUCAGCAGUUCCUGAAAAUUCCGUUCCUUAUUCAGUUCUUGGGGCAAAUUAUCAAAAUUCCUUUUGCUUAACUAUUGCACAUUGCAGUCCUGUUUCCUGGAGAGUUUUUCCACUGUUUACGUUAAAGGAAAUUAAAUUUAAGACUAGGAUCGAUAGAUAAGAAUAGGUGCCUUCAACAUGUGAUUAAUUGAUAGAUGUAUAGAUGUUUAUUACCGAGAAAGGCUUAAUCAUUAUUCGUAUUUCCUGAAAUUGAUAAAAUGAAAAUCUGGCUGCACAAAUUAGCUAGCUCAAUAUCUUGCAUACCGUCUUUCUGAUGUGAAAUUGUGCUACUCUAACCCAGAAUGUCCUUGUUUUACAUUCAAAUAAUUAACGUUUCACAGAUCUGCGUUUCCCAAUUUUGGUAUGGGAUUACCAGUUUUUCUGGUUUUCAUUCCAACUGAACUUUGUUAGUUUGGCUGCUCAAGACUUUUAAAAUUGAACUGUUUACAAAGUAGUUUUAAAUCAUUAUUAAAUAAUAGAACUGGGUUAGAAAUUAGUGUAAAAUUUGUGCCAGAUGCUGGGUUUCAGGUUCAUUAUUUGGAUUAAUUUAACCCAUGAAGCACUGGGUUAAAGUCAAACAUUCAUUAUAACCAUAAGACUUUUAACUCAUUAUAACCAUGUUUAUAAUGAAUGUUUGACUGUAACUGUUACUUGUGUCUGAACAUAAUUUAUGGGUUAAAUAUUUAAAAACAAUAUCCUGAAUACCUAAUAUUGUAAAACAUCCAAUCGGUGUGCAGUUAAGGAUUUUGUACAUUUAAAGUUAAAAGAUCAGUUUCAUAUAAGUUAAAAGAUCAGUUAGUAUGAAAACCAGAAGUAAUUAGAGUGCUCCUCUACAGGAGUAGGAAACCAUCAUAGAUUAAUUGUACAGUUAAUACCAUUAGUUAAUACUGUUGAAAACAGUGAAAGGUUCCUGUGUUCAGAAUGGGAUUAGAAAACCAUAAUUAUUCAAAACUGCUGAUGUUUUGCUCCAUGUCAGUUGCUCUGGUAUUUAGGAGUUUAGUGUUGAAUGUCUGUCAUAGAAAGAGGAAUUAGCCAGUUAAUGAAACAUGACAUAAGCAGGUGAAAGUAUAAGUAAUGAUUUCACUUUUAGUGUAACGUUGCUUUGGGCAUGCUGUAUUAAGUUGCAGAAGAAAAAAUAUAAAACUAUAUCAUAACCACGUUAGUGUAAGCCACAGUAUUUUUCAAGUAACCAUAUUUCUGUGGUAGACUUAAGUGACAUCUGUCAGUAACAGAUCAGAUUCUUGAAGUGAGAAGCACAGAAAGUACUGAAUCUCACUGUAACAAAAUAUAGAGCCUUAAUAUGCAAAUGAUAGUUUUCCGUGUUGCUGUUAUUUUUAAACAAAUGCCCAAGCUCGGUUUUAACUGCAUUAGAUAGACAUACCUGGAGUAAUUAUAUUUUUGAAACAAAAAGCGUAUGACGUCAAAACCAACUGGAAAAUUCUGUAUUUUUCUAUAGGCACUCUACUCUGACUGCAGCCUGUUUCAGCUGUGCAUAUAUAAUAAAGACUGGAAACAGCAUUUUUGCAUGCCUUUGGCUUUCUGAUGCUGUGAAACAGGCUUCUGCUUUACUCCGCAAGUUUUCUGAUUGAAGCUACUGUGAAUUGUGCAUCGGGCUUCGGCAACAUGUACUAGAUUGGAUUACAGCUUUAUUUUGGCCCAUGCAUGUCUGUAUAGCUUUGAAUACCUACAAAUAACAGUAAAGGUUAUUAUUUUUAAAAUGA